AUGAUGACGAAUCCAUCAGAUCAACUGGAAGCAGUUCUUCGCUAUGCUUUUUUGCAUGCAUUUACACCUGAGCAGUGGAUAGAACCUACUCGAGAGUGCAUGGAGGCAGGAAACCUAGAAACAGAACUCAGUGACCUACUGUUGACAUGUCUAUUUUCAUUCACCCGAGUAUCUGAUCCUUUAAUCGAAUCGUACCUCACUUUUGCAACCACAGGUAAACCCUCACUGAUGGAUAAUGACUCCAUCACCACCAGUACUACUACAGCAAAGAUGAACCCCAUCGUCAUGUCCACCACAUUCCUUUCCAAGCUGAUACCUUUUGGGGAGUCCACAGCCAGCAGAAAUCCCUAUCAGUGGUCAUUUCUACUGAAAUUACUACCCGAAUUACUCGAUUUCAGCACGGACGACAUUGUCUCUGAUCUACAAAAGGGAAAAGACAAUCCCUGGGUCAAUAUACUUGCCAACGUAUUUCAGCUCUUGUCACAUCUUGUCGCUGUGGGUCUUUAUCCCAACUACUACACUCAACCGAUCGCACAAACACCUGCCACAGUGACAUCUGCCCUUUCAUUUCACAACGACAGCAAUACGAACGCACAGCCUUUCGAUUCCCAAUUCUCGUUCCAAUCGCAACAAUCCAUGAACUACGAUGCAGAUGCCACACUGGACAUGGACAAUACACAGAGGAUCAUGGAUGACGACGAUCCACCUUUAGCUGUCAAAGACACACACAUGGCAGAUCCAAUGGACACGGAUAAAAAGGCCAACAGCAGAAAGACAGUUGAAAUCGACAAUGCUGCACUGGCUGCACAAAUCAUGAUUCAACUGAUCGAGAAGAGAGAUUCCAAGCGUAUUUUCCAAGUGAGAAACAACCAGCGACGCCAAGCAGGUGCUAUGGAAGUGGAUCAUGAGCCUUGGGUGCAGUGUCAAGCAAAAUUAGAGGCCAACAAGCAUGACAGCGGUAGCAGUCCAUCCUCGGCAGCAUCGCAAAACCCACACAUUCAGAAACUGCUGCUGCUGAUUCAACGACUGACAGACAGAGACUUGGAGAGACGCAUGGCUGUUCAUAUGAAAUACCACGAAUUGGAAGAUGAGGGUACAGCAAGAGCCAUGCCAAGCGCUGGGCUCAUGGGAUUGUUAUACCACAUGGUACAGAUCAGACCAGCAUUGGACGAUGAAUACAUCAUUGAUCACCUGUUGAAACUGCAAACCAUCAAGGGAUCGUUUGAUGAGUCAUUCUUUCUGGAGAUCUGGCUUACUGCACUGACGGGAUUACGAGAAGCUUCACUCAAUACCAGCUGUCAAAAUCUUCCUUCUACAACCGCGAGUGCAAAGGACAAUGACGACCAGGACAAGAAUUGCAAUGCAUUAGUGGCAACCAAUCGACUCUUGUGGAAGAGUCUCGUAUUAGUCAAGCUGCCCCAUUUAUUAGAGAAAUUGCAGAGCAAAAAGCAGGAGAACAACGACUUUAUGACUGAAAAAGCGAUUGCUGAAGGCGAGUUCAACUCGUUUGAGGCGUCUCUCAAGGAGCUCAAGGCAUUCAGCGGAUUGAUCAACGCAUGCAGCCCACCUGCUUGUUGCUCCGAGUUUUACGCCCCUGAUUCCAUGUCCUCUCUGCUCGUCGAUAAAAUAGCAUUUGGACAGGAUGAAAACGACGACGACGACGAUAUCAUGAAGAUGAUCAACGACAUGAGCUACACAUCCAAUCUCAAUACACCUACACUGACGAAAUCCAUCCGAUCCAUCAGCAGCAACGACAUUUUCACCAACAUUGUCAAUGUCUGCGAGCGCUACGGUUUUGUGAGGUCCAGUGUAGCAGCUGACUUGACGAAAAAGAGUGACAUGAUGGACAUGGAAGAGACGGUCGAUAAGAUGACGCCCAUCAGUGCCAUAGAUCAAAACAUUGAUGCUCGAUGCGAAGCCCUUACCACCAACUUGUCGUUUUCUGCACUCACCGAGCUAUUGCACAUUGGAUUGGUGUCUCCUAUUCAUUUGCGCAAAAUCAUUGAUUUUGUGCUGAGCCUGUUGAAACAAAAGAGUGCUGCUAAUGAUUUCUACGCACUCGCCAAGAUGUGUGAUGCACUUUCCGAAUGUCCUUGCAGUGUUGACUUGAUUCUUCAAUUGUAUACCCCCGCAGACUUGUUGGGCCCUUUGGAAAAUAUUUGCACGCGAUGGAAUCCCGCAGAUUACGAACUAGAACCCGAGGAUGAGUCUACUACCAGAAGAAUCGAAGGCGAGGACGAGCUGGACGGUGUGCAAUUGCUGUAUAGUAAGUUUGGCAACAUUUGGAGUUUUGCUGUCUCGGUUGUCAAGAAGUUUAAGCUCUGUCGAGACAUCAGCAAGGUCUUUCAGGAUAAACAAGGGCUCUUGUACACUUAUUUUGACGAGUGUCCAGUGAUAUAUGGUGUGGAUGUGGAGGACGCAUCCAUGGAGUCUUUGGUCAAUCGUUGGAUGAAUGCCUUGGCAGGCGGCGAUGGUGUCUCUGAUGAGCUGCUGAGAACAUCGACGCCUCAAGAACUACUCCACAUUGUGCCAACCAUCAUGCAACGCAGCAUCUUGUUGCACGUCCAUCAACACAUGGACCAAGACGCAUUCAUGGGCCUGAUUUCAUACUUUCAAAAGAGAUUCCUCAACUUUGCCCUGUACGGUGUAUUCAACUACCUCUGCCAGGAACUUUUGAGCGGCCAUUCAGCCGUUGCACUUGCUAGUCUUCGCCAGUUGAUCAUGUCAGAUACAUCGCUCGCGCGCGAUUUCAACUUGCAUCCGGUUCUGGGGUCCUUAGAGUCGCUGCUAGAGUUCAAGCGACAGGAGGCUGCGUUUGCAUCCAAAGACGACGAGGAAGCAAGUAACGCCAAACUGGCCCAAGACAUGUCUGAAUUGAUGCAGUACAUCCACAACAACAACAACAACAAACUCACUGAAGACCAUUCCGUCUUGUUCCUGGAGACAGUGACCACAGGCGUGACACCAAGCACCUUGUUCGAAAAGGCAGAGUUGAUGUUUAAAUACAUUGUCAAGAGUGGUCGAUCCAUGUUUAUGAGUGAUGUGGAUGCAGACACAAACUCGCUAUGGGAUGACCAGCCGCCGUCCAAGAUGCAAGUGGUGUCGCAUUACCUGGAUAUGGUCUUGUUUGAAACUGCCUUGGAAAUUGGAGGAGGACAUUGGUUUGUCGGUAUGAUUGUAGAUCAAGUGCUGGAGGCCGGCAGAUCAGGCGGUGCUGUCAGAGCAGCUGAACUGGGUUCUUGCCUCGUCACCACCCCGUUACUCUAUUCAGCAAACACACACAACAGCUGCGUCAAUCUCCUGCGCUGUCUAUUGCAAGAUGUGCUUCCCUCUCGUCUUGAGUCUUGUGCAGAGCAGAACAUGUCUUUCUUUCAAGGCCAAACAUUGGGCGUCUUUGCAAGCGACUGUCUCGUGUUGAUGCAAAAUCGAUACGAAACUGUCAAAACACUUGGAAGAUGGUUUUUCGAGGCGUUGGUGAUUGAUAAGGAGAAUGCUGCUACCAAAAAGAAACAAAAGCUACAAGACCACCGUUACCCUCAGGAUGUAGAUGGUACUCAAUUUGCUACGUGGGAUGACCGUGUUACAAAGAGUGCUGUCUGGAGAGGAUUCAUCAAGGGUUUGAUGAGCAAUCCCAUGAUUGAAGAGAUUUGGCCAAAUGCUUUUGUUUAA